UAGAAGGGUCUUGGAUUCCUUUGUAAGGCGCAGCAAAAAAGACAAUCAGAUACAAUAUCAGGGAUCUUCUGGUAAGGCUGCUGGCUACCAUUAGUUCUGAAUACUGAGGAUUUGAGGAGAAAAAUGGCUGUGAGUUUUGAGAUGUCUUUGAGAAUUUCUUGGAUUUGUUGCCUGCUAAUUGGAGGGAUAACCUGUUAUCCUCCACCUAAAGGUAAUUAUAGAUAUAUUCCCCAAAAUCAAUUAAAAGGAAUUGGCCACAAAGCAGCGGUAGCUACCGGAUCCCGUGCCUCGGCAGGUGAAGCUACCAGAUCCCGUGCCUCGGCAGGUGAAGCAGCCACCCGUAAUGCCACUGCAAGCGUCACGACUGGCCCAAAUACCUUAGGUGGAGCAACCGGAUCCCGUGCCUCAGAAGCAGUCACCCACAAUGCCUCAGCAAGCGUCACGACUGGCCCAAAUACCUUAGCUGAAGCAACUGGCCACAAUGCUUCAUCAAGCGCCACGACUGGCCCAAAUGCCUUAGGUCAAGCAGCUGGCUAUAGUGCCUCGGCAGAGGAAGCAACUGGCCACAGUGUCGCGCAAGCGGCCACCCAUAAUGCCUCGGCAAGUGUGGCAACUGGCCCAAAUACCUUAGGUGAAGCAACUGGCCACAAUGCUUCAUCAAGAGUCACGACUGGCCCAAAUACCUUAGCUGAAGCAACUGGCCACAAUGCUUCAUCAAGCGCCACGACUGGCCCAAAUGCCUUAGGUCAAGCAGCUGGCUAUAGUGCCUCGGCAGAGGAAGCAACUGGCCACAGUGUCGCGCAAGCGGCCACCCAUAAUGCCUCGACAAGUGUGGCAACUGGCCCAAAUACCUUAGGUGAAGCAACUGGCCACAAUGCUUCAUUAAGCGCCACGACUGGCCCAAAUGCCUUAGGUGAAGCAACUGGCCAUGGUGCCUCGGCAGCGGAACCAACUGGCCACAGUGCCAUGCCAGCGGCCACCCAUAAUGCUUUGGAUGCGGCCACCCACAAUGCUUCAUCAAGCGUAACGACUGGCCUAAAUACCUUAACUGAAGCAACUGGCCACAAUGCUUCAUCAAGCGCCACGACUGGCCCAAAUGCCUUAGGUGAAGCAACUGGCCAUGGUGCCAUGCAAGCGGCCACCCAUAAUGCCUCGGAAGUGGCCACCCAUAAUGUCAAGCGUCACGACUGGCCCAAAUACCUUAGUUAA